GCGGGGCUCUGGGUGAGCUUUGGCCCCGGGGCGCGGGCGUCUGCGGCCGGCAGGGUCACCGCUCGGCCCGGCGGCGGUCCAGGCGCUGCCUUCUUCUCUUCCUGCGGAGAGCUUGGGAUGUGGUAAUGCCAGCCAGACUUCUCAGAGCCCUGGCUGGAUCACACAGUAUAUUAUCAAAGGCACAUCACCGUGGAAGACUUGUUCAGCUAGCAUUAACACUACUUAAGGGAUCUGAGAAUAUAACAUGCAACAACACCCUGACAGCAUGUCACAACUGGGAUUUAUUCUUUCCUGUUACAGCAGCUGGCAGUUUGAAUAAGCCUCGAGUCCUGGAAAUGAACCGGAUAAUAUCAAACACAAGUAAACUGUCUCCACUAAACUGUGUGCUUUGCCAGAAUGAAAAAGACUACCCUUCAACCAUGCGGUCAUAUAGCACUCACAGGAAACUGACCCACAAACCAAAUCUCUUGGGUCCUAAGUGGUUCAUAAGAACAUUAAAGAGGACUUACUCAUCCAUUGCAACCGAAACUGUUCCUAAACAAGACUUUCCACAGAUCAAGAGACCACUGAAAGCAUCUAGGACCAGGCAGCCGUCCAGGACCAACCUUCCCAUUCUGUCUGUGAACGAGAACCUGAUGCACUGCACAGCCUUUGCAACAGCAGAUGAGUAUCAUCUGGGAAGCCUGUCUCAGGAGCUGACCUCCCAUGGAUAUAUAGAAGUAACAAGCUUGCCUAGAGAUGCAGCAAAUAUUUUGGUGAUAGGGGUAGAACAUUCUGCAAAAGAAGGAGACCCUGGAACUAUCUUCUUCUUCAGGGAAGGAGCUGCUGUGUUUUGGAAUGUCAAAGACAAAACGAUGAAGCAUGUGAUGCAGCUUCUGGAGAAGCACGAAAUCCAGCCCUAUGAAGUUGCCUUAGUACACUGGGAGAAUGAGGAGCUCAACUACAUAAAAGUAGAGGGGCAGUCCAAACUUCACAGAGGGGAAAUCAAACUAAAUUCAGAGCUGGAUAUGGAUGACACCAUUCUAGAAAAAUUUGCUUUCUCCAAUGCUCUUUGUCUGUCAGUGAAACUGGCUAUUUGGGAAGCAACACUGGAUAAAUUCAUUGAGUCUAUUCAGUCAAUUCCAGAGGCUUUAAAAGCUGGGAAGAAAGUGAAACUAUCUCAUAAAGAAGUUAUGCAGAAAAUGGGUGAACUCUUUGCCCUAAGGCACCGUAUAAACUUAAGUUCAGACUUCUUGAUCACUCCUGAUUUCUACUGGGACAGAGAAAACCUAGAAGAGCUUUACGAUAAAACCUGUCAAUUUCUUAGCAUUACUCGACGAGUUAAGGUCAUGAACGAAAAACUUCAGCACUGCAUGGAACUAACGGAUCUAAUGCGGAAUCACCUGACCGAGAACAGAGCGCUCCGCCUGGAGUGGAUGAUCGUCAUCCUCAUCACCAUAGAGGUAAUGUUUGAGCUGGGACGAGUAUUUUCCUGAUCAUGUGAUAACCAAGUGUCACCCACCACAAGAGAUACACAAGUUCUACAAUCAAAAAUCAAUGCUCAGUACUGGGUGAUCUUAAUAGCUUUAAUUUUUUACAUCAAAUUGUCAUUUCUUUUGCUGCUUGAAUAAAAACUAUGAAGGCUG